AUGAGAAUUCGAACAACGUCGAAGACAAUCACCGCCGACGAUACCACCUUAGAUGCACUGAUACCGCUGUCGAUCGCUUGUCCACAAGGAUUACAGUCGUUUUGGGUGGAUUCCAUAUCUACAGACUUUUCUCUUGCGAAAAUGUUUGAGUUACUGGAGAAAGGCCACUUCUCUCCACGGUGCUCGUUACUGUUCGAGAAAGUGCAUGGGACCGAAUCGGCGCUCAGAAACUGGAUUAGCACUCAUGCUCAGCAAGUGCUUUACAUCUCAGAACAGACCUACAAUUUUGCCUAUCGUGACGUAGAAAUAGGAAUUUCUGUCGAGCAGUUCGUGCCUUGA